AUGUGGUUGCCGACGCCGUCCGUCGAGAGCAUAACGCGGCCACGGCUGGCUGUGGCCGUAGUCUCUGCAGCGGCUGCGCUCUCAGCCGGAUACUAUGCAUACCAGGUCCGAUCGCAGAGUUUCGAACCCCUUCCAGGUGGUGGCCUACACAGGAGCAAUGCCGUACGACGUCCACGUCGGAACCGGAGAAAUGAGGAUGGAUCAAGCUCGUCAUCCGAGGCUGCAGGCGAUGAAAAUGUUAACAACGACACGACCCAACCCUUAGCCGAUGGCGAGACGAUAGUCGAUGGUGGAGAUGAAUGGUGGAACGAUCCAAGUUCCUUUCCUUCGAGUCAACGGACAGGACAUAAUAUUGUUACUCUCCUAUUUCGCGUCUCGGAGGAUAACGCUCGUAGGAACGGUUGCGUCCAUAGGGGUUGUCAGUGCAAUUCAUGCGGCAUGGUCCCUAUUCGAGGGGUUCGUUAUCGCUGCGCCAAUUGUGCCGACUUUGACCUAUGCGAAACUUGCGAAGCCCAAGGUGUCCACACCAAAACUCACAUCUUUUACAAAAUUCGGAUUCCCGCGCCGCCGUUUGGUCCCAGGCAAAUGCAACCAGUCUGGUACACAGGUGACCCAGAUACUUGCAGACGUACCUUGCCCCGCAGUCUGAUACCCAAAUUGUCGCAAGACACUGGUUUCGAGAGACCAGAGUUGGAAGCAUUUUGGGAACAAUGGACGUUCAUGGCUAAUUCAGAAUGGAGGGAUGACCCUGAUGAGCUUUGUGUCGCAAUGGAUCGCAAAACGUUUGAGCGAUGCCUCGUUCCUACAGGGGGCUCCCGCCAUGCUGCGCCAAACCUUAUUCAUGAUCGGAUGUUCUCCUUCUACGACUCCAAUAAUGACGACUUGAUUGGCUUCACCGAGUUUCUUCAUGGAUUAUCCUACCGUAAGCGAAAGGACAAGUUACGCAAGAUUUUCACCGGAUAUGACUUGGACAGUGAUGGAUAUGUUGAUCGGAAAGACUUCCUGCGCAUGUUCCGUGCUUAUUAUGUGCUUUACAAGCAAAUGCAUAAGGACAUUCUAGAUGGUCUGCAAGAUCAAUUACUUGCCAGUACUGAAGCUCAACAACUCGUUACCAGCCGUCAGCCACUGAGCAGUCUGUUCGGACGCGAAGGCAGAGUUCCUGCCGGUGACGGGCAUUUCCGCCAUGAAGGCAAGACGUAUCAUCGAAAUGGCAGUGUGGACAUUGCUGAAGGAUUCGAGAAUGUCGUUGCACCGGAUCGUGGAGAUACAGCAGCUCGAGGGGACAUCUUGACCAAUUUGUUUGCUUAUGACACUGAUCGUCGCUUUGGAAGACAUCUUCUUGCAAGGAACGACACGGAUAGCAACUGGCGAACGAUGCGUCGACUAAGCGGCAGCGAAAUUGACCGCACAUACUGGGUCGCACUUUUGGAACCACCGUCAACCCUGGAGGAACUUCCCGGCCUGAUUAUGGAAACUUUACACCCGGAGAUCGAGGAACCUUCUGAUGAUGAAGAUGAAGAUGGCGAAGCAGCCUCUGAGGGUGUUAAUGGAACCCGCAACGAGGAAAACGGCGUUGGAGGCCCUUCAAGGACAGAAAGUGAAAUCAGGGCAGAGACAGUUGCCAAGGACCGUAGCAGGGCUCCCAAACUUGAUAAGCGAAAACGAGAUAUGGCGCGAAAACAACUACACGAGAGAUGGCGGAGACGGCAAUUCUACCUCGAUGAAGAAGAAGGCGGAAUCGAGCCAGCUGACUGGCAAGGCAGUGAGGAUAUUCUUAGAGAUUUACGCCAAAUGGACGAGGAAUCAAGCAAAGACGAACAGCACGGCUCUACAGCGGCGGUAAACGGUUCGAAAGCCCGUUUUACCAAUGGCGAUGUCAGGGAAGACAGAGACUAUGACACGACAACUUCGCCCAGUAACGCUUCCGGGCAUCACUCGGGAGGGGGAAUACCUCAUGCUGAGCGCGAUGCAGGCAAAGAGAUUCUCUACCAAGUUACUCAGCAAGCCUUCAACGAACUGCUUGACACAAUAUUCAAGCAAGCGGAGGACCUUGCUGUAGAAGCAGCUGAAACAAAAGAUCAGCGAGAAAGGUACCAAGAUGUGUUAGAUACCAUCGAACUUGGUGAUGAUGAAAGUUCCAAAUCCGCAGGCGAGGGGAACGCUAAGGUCAGGUCUUCCACGGAUAGAAGCCUUGAGGAACUCCUUUCCGAGACCGGAUACACCAUUGCAUUGCCCGAAGGGCGAAAUGCCGUGGAAAUCAGUACCACAGUAGAGAUUAUCCACGAAGACGGAACAGCAGAACCAGCUCCCAAGCCAGAAACUGAGGAAGUCACUCCAGUCGCUCAGGAUCAAGACCAAGAUCCUACUCUACCCCAAUUCCGACCCGACUCAUCGGAUGACACGACUGCUUCUCCAGCUGGCUUAUACUACCCCAUUACGCAUCCUUCUUCCGACAGUUCAGAUAGCGAUAGUGUCGAUGAGGAACAAGAGACUGAUAGCGCCCCUACGUCAGACAUGCUACGACACUGGAAGCACUUGAGUAUUGCAGAGACCCAAGCUAUCAAGAGAGGCGGAUGGGGCAAGCUAAGCUUCGAUGAGUUCGAAGCUAUCUACAAAAGCCAGGAGCAUCAGGGCAACAGGCUAGACUACCUUGGAAGUUGGAUAGAUUUUUGCAUUCCCUAG